UUAUUCCUAGACAGCGAGCAGCACAAACAGCAGAUUGGGAGCAACAGUCAGUCCAUCAGUCUGUUAAGUUAGUCCACGAUGAGCCUGAACGUCCCAGGACUGGUGGUGAUGGUGUUCUUCUACCUGCUGGUGCUGGGCACCGGCAUCUGGGCCUCCAUGAAGUCCAAGCAGGUGCACAAAAACAGCCAGGCAGACCGGACAGAGGUCACUCUGCUGGGCAACAGAGGCAUCAGCCUGGUGGUAGGAGUCUUCACCAUGACAGCUACAUUCGUUGGAGGUGGCUUCAUUGUUGGUCUGACAGAGGCAGUGUACACUCCAACCAUGGGACUCACCUGGGCUGUCAUGCCAGUAACAGCAGCCCUGUCUUUCAUUAUUGGUGGACUCUUCUUUGCCAAGACAAUGAGAGACCAAAAAUAUGUGACAAUGAUGGACCCGUUCCAGAUCAAGUAUGGAAAUGUAAUAAGUGGAGUUCUGUCUGUGGCACUGCUGAUAUCUGACAUAAUCUGGGUAACAGGAACUCUAAUUGGUUUAGGUGCAACAAUGAGCGUGAUCCUGGAUUUGUCCUACACUCUCUGCAUUUGGAUCUCUGCCGCAGUAGCCAUCAUCUACACACUACUGGGAGGCCUCUACUCUGUGGCCUACACAGACAUCAUACAGCUAACACUCAUAUUCUGUAGCAUGUGGUUAUGUGUCCCAUUCAUCCUGAUGAGCCCCCAUUCAGCUGACAUCACCAAGACCGCUUUCAACUUUACCUACCAGGCUCCCUGGAUCGGUUCGGUGGAUAAAGACAGAGCUUGGAGGUGGAUUGAUAAUUUUUUAAUAUUGGCUCUGGGUAACCUGGGAUAUCAGGACUUCCACCAGAGGACUCUGUCAGCUUCCUCGUCAGCCACAGCCAGGAUCACCUGCUUCAUUGCUGCUCCCCUCAUCUUCAUACUCGGAGUCCCAUCUGUGUUGAUCGGAGCAGUUGCAGCAUCAACAGACUGGAACAUGACCGGGUACGGCUCCCCGUCCCCAUACGAGCGUGGAAAGGCCAGUCAGGUUCUGCCUAUUGCUCUGCAGCACCUCACCCCACAAUACAUCUCCAUCAUCGGUAUCGGAGCUAUAGCUGCUGCCGUGAUGUCGUCAACAGACUCGGCUUUACUGUCAGCCGCCUCCAUCUUCACAAACAACAUCUAUAAGAACAUCCUGAGGACUAAGGCCUCAGAUAGCGAGCUCCAGUGGGUGAUCCGAGUCACCGUGGUGUUGGUGGGCUUGGCUGGCACGUCGCUCACCUUCCUCAAUAACAGCAUCAUGGUUUUCUGGAUCCUGGGCUCAGACAUAACCUACACCAUCAUGUUCCCUCAACUCGUCUGCGUUCUCUUCUUUAACAUCUGUAAUUGCUACGGCUCGAUCAUGGGCCUGCUUGUUGGACUGUCGUUGAGACUCCUGAGCGGUGAGCCCUCCAUAGGUUUGCCUGUUGUUCUCCACUUCCCAGGAUGCACUCUUGAGGACGGUGUUUAUGUCCAGCGCUCUCCUGUUAGGACUAUCUGCAUGUUGUCCACCAUCUUUGCCACUUUGCUGUUCUCCUACCUGGCUUCACUGCUCUUCAGAAAACGAGUGAUUCCCGAGAGGUGGGACGUAUUUAAAGUAACAACCCCGAAACGGCCGCAGAACCUAAUAUCGAUAAGCAAUAGCACAGUCAAAACAGGCGGGGAGGAGGAACCUGAAGAUCAGAAUGAGACUGAAUUGAUGUUGACCACAAUCAGCAGGACUGAAAGAGAAAUCAUUUAAUGGGAUGCUAAUGUGUUUUGUAUGGAGCUAUCUGAUCACGUCUUUAUUUUUAUACCCAA